AUGCCACCCGAGUCUCUUUCCAACCUCUCCCAGCCCGCGGGCGGGAAUCGGAGCGGUUUCGUUCCCGGCAUGUCGGAAAGGGAUUUCCUACCCGCCCGGGACGGGAGCACUGCGGACUUGGUGAUCCGUUGUGUGAUCCCGUCCGUCUACCUGCUCAUCAUCACCGUGGGCUUGCUGGGCAACAUCAUGCUGGUGAAGAUCUUCAUCACCAACAGCGCCAUGCGGAGCGUCCCCAACAUCUUCAUCUCUAACCUGGCCGCUGGGGACGUGCUGCUGUUGCUCACCUGCGUCCCGGUGGACGCCUCGCGCUACUUCUUCGACGAGUGGGUGUUCGGGAAGGUGGGCUGCAAACUCAUCCCGGUGAUCCAGCUCACCUCCGUGGGGGUGUCCGUCUUCACUCUCACUGCCCUCAGCGCCGACAGGUACAGAGCCAUUGUAAACCCCAUGGAUAUCCAGACAUCAGGGGCAGUGCUGUGGACCUGCGUGAAGGCCAUGGGCAUAUGGGUGGUCUCCGUCCUGUUGGCUAUUCCCGAAGCCAUAUUUUCCCAAGUGGCACGCAUUGGCAGCUUGGAUAAUGGCAGCUUCACGGCGUGUAUACCCUACCCUCAGACAGAUGAACUACAUCCAAAGAUUCAUUCAGUGCUCAUCUUCUUGGUCUACUUCCUCAUACCACUUGUUAUCAUUAGCGUUUAUUAUUAUCACAUUGCAAAGACCUUAAUUAAAAGUGCACAUAAUCUUCCAGGAGAAUACAAUGAACAUACCAAAAAACAGAUGGAAACACGGAAACGCCUGGCCAAAAUCGUGCUGGUCUUUGUGGGCUGCUUCAUCUUCUGUUGGUUUCCAAAUCACAUCCUUUACAUGUACAGGUCUUUCAACUAUAACCAGAUUGACCCAUCUCUAGGGCACAUGAUUGUCACCUUGGUUGCCCGGGUUCUGAGCUUCUGCAAUUCCUGUCUCAAUCCAUUUGCUCUUUAUCUGCUCAGUGAAAGCUUCAGGAGACAUUUCAAUAGUCAGCUCUGUUGUGGAAGGAAGUCCUAUGGAGAGAGAUCCACCAGCUACCUACUCAGCUCCUCUGCAGUGCGCAUGACUUCCCUGAAAAGCAAUGCUAAGAAUGUGGUGACCAAUUCUGCGUUACUCAAUGGGCACAGUGUGAAGCAGGAAAUGGCACUGUGA